GGUUUUUUGUUGUUUGAUUAUUUAGACAUUAUUAAGGUUUAUAUAAAGAUGGCUCUUUUGGAAUCAAACAAAAACAGAGGAGAGGUAAGGAUUCAUGAAAGUUUGGAUGAACUUAGCACAGAUUUGGCUGAUUAUGUUGCUGAAUUAUCUGAAGCAUCUGUUAAAGAACGUGGUGUUUUCGCCAUUGCUUUGUCUGGUGGUUCACUCAUUACCUUAUUGAGGAAUUUGUGUGGAGCUCCAUACAACAAAACUGUCGAUUGGUCGAAAUGGUAUAUAUUUUGGGCCGAUGAACGCGUGGUUGCGAAAAAUCAUGCUGAUAGCAACUAUAAGCUGGCUAAAGACCAUCUUUUGUCUAAGCUGCCUAUUGUUCCGAGCCAUGUACAUUCCAUCAACGAUUCCCUCACUGCAGAAGAAGCUGCUAACGAAUACGAGUUUGUGAUUAGACAACUGGUCAGAACCCGUGUGGUGAAUGUGUCUGACAUCAGUGACUGCCCGAAAUUUGACCUGAUCCUACUAGGUAUGGGUGCGGAUGGCCACGUGGCAUCUUUGUUUCCUAACCAUUCAGUUCUCGAAGAGAAGAAUGAAUGGGUGACAUUUAUCACCACCUCCCCAAAACCACCACCCGAAAGAAUCACAUUCACACUGCCAGUUAUCAACUCUGCAACCAAUGUAGCAAUAGUCGUGACAGGUGCUGGAAAAGCGGAAGCAGCCCGUCUGGCAAUAGACGAUGUGGGACCUGAGUGCCCAGUUUUGCCAGCUAGGAUGAUUGAACCAGAUGUAGGGAAACUGGUGUGGUUUUUGGAUAACCAGGCCGGGUCAAAGCUUAAGGGCUUUUCUCAAUUUUCUAAGUAGAGAAGGUUAAGCUUAAGCUCUGUAUGUGUAGUGGAGGAACUCAAUACUUGUUUAUGCUCCUGUUCAUUUUUCUUUUUCUGUUUUUGGAAAGUUUUCUGUUUGAAGUUUUUGCAUGUUUUGAAGGGGCUAGUGGCAAAAACUAUGAUUUACCCAUUUUUGGGUUUUUUUUUCUUAGUUGGAAGAGGUGUUUGAUAACAUUACCCUUCAAUUUACUCUUCA